AGUGCCUCCCUUAAGAUGAAAUUGCGCCCUGUGACUCUGAUGCAAGGUCUUUCUGACCUGACAAUCUGUGAGGGUGAUAUUGCCCAACUUGAGGUGCGAUUCUCUCAGGAAAAUGUUGAGGGCUCAUGGAUGAAGAGUGGCCAAGCCAUUUCUGCUUCCGAUAACAUUCAUUUGGUCAUUGACAAAGUCACCCAUAAGCUUCUCAUUGAGGACGCCAGUAAGGAUGAUGCAGGAAUGUACUCAUUUGUUGUUCCUGCUCAGGACAUUUCUACAAAUGGAAAGCUAACAGUUCAAACUAUUGGCUUCUUGGCGGCACUAAAGGAUGUUUCCACAGUGGAAGGCACUAAAGCUGUUCUUGAGGCUAAAAUCUCUGCUACUGAUAUAACUUCAGUGAAGUGGUUUCACAACGACAAGCUGGUGACAGCAAGUGAUAGAUUCCAGAUGGUUGUCAAAGGAUCUAAACAGAGGCUGGCUAUUAACAGGACCUACGCAUCAGAUGAAGGACAGUAUAAACUGAUUGCUGGCAAAGUAGACUCAACCUGUAAACUUUCUGUCCAGCCUGUAUCUAUUGUUAAGCACAUGGAAGAGCGUGUUUGCACUGAGACCCAGAAUGUCACAUUUGAAGUGGAGGUAUCUCACCCUGGCAUUGAUGCUCUCUGGACUUUCAAGGGUCAACCUUUAAAGGCAGGUCCAAAGUACAAGAUUGAGAGCAAAGGUACACACUAUAGCCUCACUGUUUUGAAUGCCAUGAAGGAUGAGGAAGGAGAGUACAUGUUUAUGGCUGGUGAGAAGGAAUCUAGAGCAAGACUUAUUGUAUCAGGUGGUGCUAUAAAUAGGCCACUCCAUGAUGUGACUGUAGCAGAAUCCCAGACUGCUGAGCUGGAGUGUGAAGUUGCUAAUCCUACUACAGAAGGCAAAUGGCUUAAAGAUGGUCACCCUAUUGACUUCAGCGAUAAUAUCAUGAGUGAAAAUAAUGGUGCUGUCAGACGGUUUGUCAUCGUCAUCACCAGGCCACAGGAUGUUGGAGAGUACACCUACCAGGUGGCAAACUCCAAGACAUCUGGCAACUUGAAGGUUGAAGCUGUUAAAAUCAGGAAGACAAUGAAGAACCAAACUGUUACUGAAACCCAGGAGGCAGUGUUCAGUAUUGAACUCACCCAUUUAGAUGUGAAAGGAUCCCAGUGGAUCAAGAAUGGUGUUGAGAUUCAUCCAAGUGAUAAAUUUGAGAUAACUGUCCAAGGCAUGGUUCACACCCUGAAGAUCAAGAACUGUAACACCCAAGAUGAAUCAGUUUAUGGGUUCAAACUUGGAAAACUCUCUGCUAAUGCCAGACUUAAUGUUGAAACUAUAAAAAUUGUGAAAAAACCAAAGGAUGUGACGUCACUGCUGGGUGCCACUGCUUCAUUUGAGCUGAGUUUGUCCCAUGAUGACAUUCCAGUUCAGUGGAUGUUCAAUAAUCAGGAGCUUGCGCCAA